GCCUAUUUUAGUCACGGCCGCGGCUCCGUGCCCGCCGCGGGACCGCCAGCGCCGGAGAGCGGCAGUCCCGGGCCUUGGCCGUCCUGCCGGGAAACUUUUCGGCGGGCGCGGGGCAGGAGUCUCCAAGAUGAAUGCUACAGCAAUGAGCCCACUCACUGUUACUCCACUGGGUUUUGUUCCAGACUUAAAAAAUUCCACCCUUGAUCCUCUCAAUGAGACUGCAUGUGAAAACUGGAAAGAGAUUCAUCAUCUUGUUUUCCACGUAGCAAACAUUUGCUUUGCAGCUGGGCUGGUUAUUCCAACUACUUUGAAUCUCCAUAUGAUUCUUCUGCGAGGCCUGCUCACCAUAGGAUGUGCAUUAUUCAUCAUUUGGGCUACACUCUAUCGUUGUGCCUUGGACAUAAUGAUCUGGAAUUCUGUGUUUUUGGUUGUCAACCUUUUGCAUUUCAUAUACCUAGUGUAUAAAAGAAGACCGAUCAAGAUAGAGAAGGAGCUCAGCAGCCUCUACAAGAGAAUGUUUGAACCUCUCCAUGUGCCUCCAGAGCUCUUCCAAAGACUAACUGGACAAUUCUGCAACAUUCAGACUUUGAAGACAGGUCAAGCCUAUGCAGCAGAAGAUAAAACAUCAGUUGAUGAUAGGCUAAGCAUCCUGCUGAAGGGGAAAAUGAAGGUGUCUUAUCGAGGGCAUUUUCUGCAUAAUAUUUACCCCUGUGCCUUUAUAGAUUCCCCUGAAUUUCGAUCAACACAGAUGAACCGGGGUGAGAAAUUCCAGGUCACUAUUAUUGCAGAUGAUAACUGCAAGUUCCUGUGCUGGUCCAGGGAACGGCUGACUUACUUCCUGGAGUCUGAGCCAUUUCUGUAUGAGAUCUUUAAGUACCUUAUUGGCAAAGAUAUUACAAAUAAACUUUAUUCAUUGAAUGACCCAACCUUAAAUGACAAGGCUUCGAAGAAGGUGGAUCGGCAGCCCAGCCUCUGCUCUCAGCUCUCGGUGAUGCAGAUGAGGAACAGCAUGGCCAGCACCAGCGACAGCGAGGACGGCUUGCAGAUGUUCCUUCGUGGCACUUCCUCUGCCUCCUCCCUUCUGACAGGUCCAGCAGAGUGCCUUCCCUAGCUGACUCACCGAAGAAAUUGUCUGCUGCAUUCCAGAAAUCUCCUGGACUGCCUGCACCCAGCCCUGUUGCCUUCCCACCAGAGACUGGGGUGGUUAAAACUGCCCACGAGCACCAAGGCCUGUGAUCCAGUUGUUGAAAGAAGGCUUCCUUCUUUGAUCUUCUUCAUCAGGCAGCAGCCUGUAGCAGAUUCCUGCCACCAAUUCUCCUGUGUUGGUUUGUCCUCUGGUCUUUACCUUGAAACCCACAAGUGCUUUUCAUCUGUUCCACGCACAGCAAACUUCCAUGAAAUUGAAGCCACUCCUUGGGGUGAAUUUGUACUCUUGGAAAGAAAUUGUAAAACACAGUGUGUUUGUGUGAUUAGUUAGAAUUAAAAUGUCUCUAUCAGGCUUAACAGCAGAACUCUUACACCAGUAUUUCAGCUUUGGGAGAAAGUAAUUGAAAUGCAUGACAAGUUCAGCUGUAAUUAUGUAAAUCCCCAAGAUGCAUUUGUGCUUAGCACAUACUUGGUAAAUACACUUUUCUCUGUUGUACUUUUCCUUGGUUUGUGUACCUUUUUUUUGGUAUAUAGGGUGUGCUUUCCCCAAGAGAGAGGGGUUUAUGUGUCUUUUAUGUUCUGAAAUUCUUCAGCCCAGCAGCCUCCCAAGUCCAAUACUUGCCCUUACUUUUGGGGAGGGAGAGGGAUUGCCCCUACAUCAUUACAACACACACCUCAGGAGGUAUUGUUAUUUAUUUUUUCUUUGUAUUUGGAUUGUGAAAUUUCUGACUUCUGUAAAAGGUUUGUUCAUCUCCUUGAACUGUAAUGCUUCCAUCUUUGUUUUUGCCAAGAGAGCUUGUUAGUUAUUCCUGGGUACUCUCAUUGCCAAUGAUGGGGCUACUGCCAAGGUGAGCUCUGCUUAAAGAUUUGUGUUCAUUGUGGAUUGUGGCCAUGUAUACACUUUUUUUCAGAUCACAGGGAAAACUGAAAAACAAAAAAAUCUGCCAUUUAAGUUGCCACUGCUGUGUUUUCAAAAAUCUUCUGCUGGGUGCUCUCAGUGCAACCUUUAGGGUAUUUUUGAGUCUGUUUUUUUAAGAUUUGGUGUAAUGCACAUGCUGAGGCUUACAGUUCCAGUGGUUUUCCCUGGAUCCUCCUUCUACAAGCACACAUUUGUUUAUUUAGAACAAACAAACACAAUCCAAAAUCCUCAAAAGAUUUUGUGAGAAACAUAUGGAAAUGACAAACUUUUUUUGUUUUUUGAUUAGAAUAAAAAAUGAAUGAAAAGAACUUACCUGUACAGGAAUUCUACACUAAUAUUGUUUUGUCUUUGCUAGGUUGUUGUGUGGACAAAAGCCUUCCACUACAAAGAUAAUUUUUGACUACUGUAAUGCAAAUAGGUUUUCUUCUCCUAAUUUCCAUAUUCUUGAAAAAAUGAGCAUUUGUAUUUUUGUACAAUCUCAUCUAAAAAAAAUUAUCCUUUUAUCAGUGCUAUAAGGGAUAAACUUUGACUGAUUUUCUCAAGAAAUUAAUAUUAAUCUUCUUUCAAAGUGUUUAGUAAUAAAAGGAUUAAGAUUACUUAUUAGUAGGUCCCAAAUUACAAUUACUAACAAAAGAAUGUUUUUGAUUUAAUUAAUUAAGAAACCAAACUAACUGUUUGCUUUUA